AGUUGCUGACCUUAUUUCCCUGUGAGACCAACAGUGCUAGACAACGCCCAGCCUACCUGCUGUUCUUGUUCAUUGUCACUCUCUCUCGUUAAGGUGUUGCAGUAACAACAGUGUUUGUUAGUAAUAGUAGUAGCACUAGUUGUGUUUAUUAUCCAAGUUUAUAUAUUUCCACUUAUUUACCUUUCACAAGGAAAACCAACUGAAAGAAUGGCUGCAACAAGAAUGAAUCGGGAAAAGAUGGACUUGUGCCGAGAGGCAUGUGUUGUGUUUGCCAAAGAUGGAGACAGCUGUAUCUUCUCACAAGACAUUGGAACCGUGAUGCGAGCGAUCGGUUACAGUCCUACAGAAGCUGAAGUGAAAAAUAUUCGAGACGCCAUUGAUAGCAGUGGAAAUCGUAAACUCACCGAUCAGGAUGUGGUGAGCAUCAUUUCCAAGCAGCACAUCACCCAGGACACGGACGAUGAGCUGAAAGAAGCCUUCCGUGUGUUCGACAAAGAUGGCAAUGGGUACAUCUCUUGUGCUGAGCUGCGUCACGUGUUGACAAACCUUGGCGAGAAACUCUCUGAUGAGGAAGUUGAUGAAAUGAUAAGGGAAGCUGAGAUUACAGCUGACGGAAGAGUCAACUAUGAUGAUUUUGUAAAGAUCCUUAGGUCCUAAAGAUCUUCAAGUCCUCAAUGGGCACCAGUGGGUCCAGCUGGGUUCCGCGGGUGGGGACACCUGAUGAUGACUAACAGAGUGACUUCUGCUGCUGACUGGACACUCUCUUGUUGGAUGGACAAUGCAUCAGAGGAUGGAUGGAUGGUUGCUGCUGCUACUGCUGCUGCUGCUGUUGUUGUUGUUGCCUUGCUCCUGGGGGGCAGCUUCUGCUCAGCAAACAUUUCCUCAUUACACACACACACACAACACAUCCAUUCUUUGAUGCGCAACAUAGAUCUCUUACACACAUGCACACAUCUGUGACACACACAGAUACACACACACACACCACACACACACACACACACAUUCUCUCAACCAAUUACCUCCCCCCCACUCCAUGCUCUCUGCUUCUUUGAUUGAAACUUUUGUAUCAGAUUUAAUUGAUUUGAUGUCACUGCUACUACUACUACUACUAUGUUAGUACUGUGUCUACUACUACAACUACUAUGUUAGUAUUGUGUCUACUACUACUACUACUACUAUGUUAGUACUGUGUCUACUACUACUACUACUACUACUACUACUACUACUACUACUGUUACUGCUAAUACUAUUGUACAACUGUUAAUAGGGUGAUACUACUACUGCUCUUACUACUACUCCUACUACUGUUACUGUGGUGGUAGUACUACUGCAAGGCUGUUGGUGAUGGUACUACUUCUAUACUACUACUACUACUACUGCUUAACUGCUACAAGUGUGGUACUACUACUGUUCGUACUAUUAUUACUGCUGCUACCACCACCACCACCACUAUAACGACUAUUGACUAUUGUAUGUUUACUGCUGCUACCACUGCCAUAUUUCUAUGGUUACUACUACUACUACUAGUACUACUAUUACUACUACUACUGUUACCACAUCACCACCUUUUUCUUUCCUCUUUUCCUCAACACUGAAAACACACACACACACAUUGUACCAUACCUGUGGUAACACUAAAUAUCUAAAUUACUACCCCUCUCCUUACUAGUACCCAAACUACACCC